UCUCCUUGGCUGCUGGAAAGCCUGUGCAAUCUGCCAGGUCAGAGCAGAUUUUCCUCUGCUUUGAUCCCAGGCUGAGCCGGGCUCAGACCUGCCCUCCCUUCCCUUGCUGCAACCAGCACCAACACAACCUCCCCCGCCUCCUCCCUCCCGGGCUCCAGCUGAUCCAGUCCCUUCUGCAACCCGCACAACUGCACACUUCUCUACAAGAUGGCGGGGUCCCUCGUUGAAAGGGAAACCAUGCAGCUGAAUGACAGGCGUCUGAGCAGUCCUUUAGGAUCACCGGUCGAAGUCUAUUUUCCACGCCUGACAGUUCCAUUCUGUGGACACAUAAAAGGAGGAAUGAGACCUGGGAAGAAAAUCCUUGUUAUGGGCAUGAUUGCACUAAAUCCUGAGAGUUUUGACAUCAAGCUGACAUGUGGCGACUCAGAAGACCCCCCAGCUGACGCAGCUCUGGUGUUAAAAGUUGAGUUUGGUGACAAACAGCUUCUCAGGAACUCAUGUGUAUCAGGAGAAUGGGGGGAAGAAGAAUUAGCUAUGCCUUAUUUUCCUUUUAUAGCAGAUCAGCCAUUCAGGGUAGAGAUUCUUUGUGAGCACACACGUUUCAGGGUUUUUGUGGAUGGACAUCAGCUUUUUGACUUUUAUCACCGUGUGCAAUCACUAACAGCUAUUGACACCAUUAAGAUCAACGGGGAUGUACAGCUGACUAAACUUGGUUGACACCUCAGCCACUGAUGUCCAGCACGGCUCCCCUGCCAUCAAGAAUGGAAAGGCAGAUUCAGCUACAUCAGGACUUAAGAGGAGCUUGGUUAAACACUUUUUACACAGUCAGUGACCUUGUGUUCACAUCAGAGAAAGAAAAAACAAGCUGUCUAUCAGUUGCCACAGCAAGCUGAUUCUCCCCCCCCCCCCCCCCAAGGACAGUGUUGUACUCAUGUACUGUAUAUCACAGAUUUAGAUGAAAUGACUAUUAAAUCUGGAUUAGGAUAGAUGCCACUUACCCCUCCCAUUAAGUAUCACAUUACCAUUUUUUUGUUUUAUAACUUAUGAGUUUUUAUAACAUCUUUGACAUGGUAUAAUGUGACUUAAUUACAGGAAGACAUUGGAUGAGGGGAUGUUGGUAUGUCACAAUUUUUCUCUUUCACUGAUUGGCUGUCAACAUCACAUGUCCUUGUUUAAUUGGUUACCAAUAUUAUUGUCAUUUAUGUGGCUCUAUCGUUUUACCCUUGGAUAGGGAAAUAUGAUUGUUGAUUUAACCCUAUACUACCAAACUGACCUUUCACAUAUUAGGCCUUAUUCAGUUGUAGUUAAAAACAGCUUUUAUUUUUUUUUAAUUUUAUGUAAAAUUGCGAUUCUGAAAUGGGACGGGCUAUGAUAUUUAAUCCCAGGAAUUUGAAUAUAAAAGGUUCUAACAAACUGGAAAAAAAGUUUAAAAUGGUAGCCAUUAUUUACGUGAAUUGUUGAGCUGUUUAGUUGAUGUAGAGUCAUUGUUCAAUAUCAUAUGCACAUAAAACAGAAUGAGAUUUUCACAGACAAACCUAUAAAGUUGUAUAAUUCAAGCUUCUGGUGGAGAAAAUGAAAGGGGUUUAAAUCUCAAAAGAAAACUGUUGCAAGAUAUAUUUCAAACCAAUGCAGAUUUCUAUAUCUAUUUUAAAGGGGCAUUCUAGUGCAAAACAGGUAGUAGUCGCACAAUCCCACCUAUCACCAGCUAUCGUUGGGACUUUACAGGCAAAAAGGCGUCAGUAAUGCGAAAAUGACAUGCUAUAAUGAAUUAGAGCGUAUAAUGUUUGCACUACAGUGUCCCUUUAACUCCAAGAUCAGAAUCAUGUCCACUUGUCUGGUGCUGAUCUGGAUGAGGGUUGGUAUUUAUUGGUGAGUGUGCACAUGCAAUAGCUUGCCUUGCCUGUCAAUAAUGUUCAUGCAUUGUACUGACCAAUCAGCAGCUGGAUGCUAUUGAGUUUUAAAUCCCUUUCAUUUUAGUUAAAUAAUAACAUGUAUUACUCAUUUAUCAGUUUAAUGCGUCCUGUUCCAUGUAAACUUCAGUUUUAAAGGAAAUAACGAAUUCCACUAUGUUCUUCAAGGCCAGAUAUAACAAAUGAGUCAUUCUGAUUUCCACCUGCGUACUAUGUAAAAGUCAUGAGAUGUUAGUAUAGGCAAUAAUGCUCAGAAGUUGACGUAGUUAUCAGCAAAUAAACCAUAAGAUAAAAUUAUGUUAUUGAUUACAAAAAUAUUUAACUAGCAGAAAAUGGGGCUAGACUUUAUAAGAAUUUGACUACAUGAAUCAAUUACAAGUGAAUAGAUACUACUGGGCCUUAUUCUGUGUAGAAAGUUUAUUAAGGAUAAUUUCCCUGUCCAAAAUUAUUAGUGAAACAAGUGUGAAUUUUGUCAAACACAAUUUUGGCUCACUUUUUGCACAUAUUACAAUUUGAUCUAUUGCCUGUAAGGUCACCACAAUCAUUUUGUUGAAAUUUGUGGCAGCUAUAGCCAACUUUACAUUAAUUUAUAGGUUUUUUUUGUUUGUUUUUUAAAUAAAGUGCUGAAAUUCAGUGUCUAAUAAAAAAAAAACACUUUUGUGUGAAAAGAUUGUCUCUGCACUGAAGUGAAUUAGCAUAGCACAAUAAUAUAUUUAUAUAUAUAUAUAUAUAUAGCCAGGGUAUUUGGAUAGAAUGUAGCUUGUUUAUUUGCACAGCGUAUUGUCUAUACUUUUUUAAAGCUUUUAUGGUAGCUUAUUUAUCCAUUGUAGGUAGAUUUAGACCAAUACAUUAUUUAGCACAGAGAUAGGAUGUGAAAACAGUUUGAAUGUACAAAUGUGCUUUUUUUUGUAAAUUAAAAUUCAUUCAACAUCUCAAGAAAUUUAUAGAUAUUUUGGAAAUAGGUAUGGAAUGUGAUUUUCAUGCUUUUUACAUUUUUGUAACUGCGCACAAGUAUUAAGAAAAUGCUGCCAUUUUGUAACUCGUUAAGAACUCAGAUAGUGAUUCCAUGGGUAAUUCUAUUCUGAAAAAUAAAAAAAAUGUAAAAAUGGA